AUAUAUGUUUUAAAUAAAAAUAUAAAUAAAUAUAUUAAAAUUCAAAUAAUAUUGAUUAAUUUUUUUAUUAGUUUCUGCUAAUAAUGAACUUAAUACAUUUGAGAAAAUUUAUUAGGAUUAAACGAAAAGUAUGAUUCACUAUAUUGAGACACAAUAUAAACAAGAAAUAUUUAACAUAUUUAAUUUUCUAUAUGUUAUACACGAUAUUUUUAUGUAAUUGUAAGAAAAGCUGUAAUAAUAUUGUUAAUUAUUUUAUUGCAAUAUUCUCUUAUUUUUUGGAAACUAAAUGUUGCUUAAUAUUGAUGUUGAUAAAAACAUAAACUGUUUAGAUAAUUAAAGAAGCAAAAAUUUGUACUUUAUACACGUAUCUGUACUUAUCACGUAUGUGUGUUUUUCUGUAUAAAUUGUGUUAAAAAUGAAUCUAAUUUAAUUUAAUUGAUAUAUGGUCAUUUUACAUUGUUUUGCAUCUUGUGGAACAAUAUAAUAUAAUCGACAUAAAAUAUUUUAUAUCAAAAUCUUUUAGGAAUUCUUACAUACAUUAACAUGAAUAUUUAUAUGUACAAGUAACUCAUAUCAAAGAAAAAGAAAAGGAAAAUGUAACCUAUCGUUUCAAAUUUGAGAUAAUUUCAGACACUCACUUUUGGUUAUAUUAUGAAAACAUUAACUUUAUUACAAAAUAUGAAACAAUAUUAUAAAAACUCUUACUCCAUGUAGGACGGUAACAGAAGACACUUUCUAGUUUAAAUUCAUGUUUUUAAAAAUAUAGUUUUAUUUUUAACUUUUGUUUAAGACAUAUUAUCCAAACAUAAAGUAGUGUGCGUCAGUAUUGGUGACUUUUCUCUAUAUAAUGUAUCAAUGUUCUAGGUUUUCAAACUAUUGGAUCUCAAUAAUAUAUUUUAAUUUUUUUUUGUGUCACUAUGUAAUUACUUUUUUCAAAUUUUUUGCCAAUGACUGUUAACGCAUAUAAGAAGCGUGUGAUAACAGAGCGUCUUUUUAUCUUGUAUCGCAUAUUCAAUGAUAAUCGUCAUUACAGAUGAAACAUUUAUACUAUACAUAUUUUUUCAAAUAUGCUCGCAAAUGUUCUUUAUCUCGUUUUUUGUUGCAAUAAAACCUCCGAUAUUGCGAGAAAAUUUUUGCUCAUCUCCGAGAAGUCUCGACGAAACAAUGGGAUUUAUAAAACAAUUAUUUUGCCAUCUGGUGGCACGACUCAUAUGUUGAACAUUGUUUAUUAAAUGUAUCAGAAGUAAAAGAUAUAUUGUAUUAGAUAUCGUUAUAAAGUGGAGGAUGUGUUAUGAAUCUAUGGAGAAAUUGGUAGCCCGAGCAAUAAACAAUAGCCGAUUUUUUUUUUUUUAUGUUUAAAUUAAUCCAAAAUUUUUUAAAAAGUUUUAGUGAAUUAAUGUUCAGACAAUACGAAACAUAUAAAAUAAAUGGCAAAGAACGAUUUGCAUGUUGAACAAUAUUUUUUUCGUAUCAAUCUGCUCGUAUCAAUGUUUAUGUACACGAAGUAUUUUGUGUUAAAACGUUUCACAUUCAUAAAUAUUGAUUUCUCCGUGGAGGAAAAAGGAUUAACUUAUUACUUUAUUUAUGAACGAAUUUUGUAUAGCUUUUUAAAUGUAAUUUUUGUCAAAUGUUUGUAAAAUGUUCAAUAUAUUAUACGGUUUUAUGUAUUUUUAAUUAAAUGUACGUUUAGAGUGUGUAAACCACCUAUUUAUAAUGCGAUUCGAAAUCGCGACAAGUAAUAAAAAUUUUAUAACAUUUUAAUUAAUUGUUUUAACAGACAUUUGUGGUCUCAUAAUUUUUAUUGUUUAUACAUUUUCUGAUUUUGUUCCGUGAUCCUUACGUUAGUCUUGCAUUUUUAUUUUUAAAUCCCAUGAUUCGUGUAAGUCCUUGAUCGAUUAACCAGUUUCCACAGAUUUCCACGUCGCAUAGUUACUAUAAAAAGAGAGCAUUCAUGCGAGAACUUAUAAAGAGUACGAUGUUUGACCAUCGAAAAGGAUCUGAAAGCCUUUUUUUUUUUUACUUUCUACAUCAUGUCUCGGUAUCCCCAAGGAAAGUUAGUAUAUCCAUUUUCGCGACCUUCAUCAUUUGCUUCCUUCCUGUUAUCUCUAUCGCGUAGGAACUUUCCUCUUGGUCGUUCUAAUAGAAGUGCCUUUUUUUCUUCACCUGAAACCCCAAACAAAUACAUCUCGUGCGAGUUGUUUUUUCUCAGCUCCGGAACGCAUCAAUCUCCCUCUACGCGCGGGCCUAUUCGACGGGGUGACUUUCUCGAAGCUUUUAGUCGUUAGGUGUGUUAUGCGAACAGAACGUUUCGGAACAGACAGAUGUUCUACUGAUGGCAGACAAAUAUAUUGGCAAAAUCAGUAUACAUAUCCUCUGAAAAUGAAAAUUUAAAUUAAAAGUUAAUAAUAUUCCUCUGAUUAAUUAUUCGCAUUACAUUUGCAUUAAAUUCGUGGAUGCAAAUAUUAUAUUAAUUAUUUAUUUUGGGGAUAAAAUUUCGCGGGUUUAUAUGAAUUAAGAAUUCAAUGACGGUCAUAUUAUUCUCGUAAUAUCAUCACUUACUAUGUCAUAAUAAGCGCAAAUAAUGGCAGGAAGCAUUUCAUGGAGAUUUCAUUGUUGCGAAAAGACGUGCUUUCGAAGCCUGCAAUCAUUUCUCAAGAGUUCGUCAACAUUCAUCUACGACAGCCCUGGUCUUCCUACUCGACAUGCACUCUCAUAAGAGCAUCCACCGUUAAAUAAGUCUCUCUCUUGUAUACGGGGCUGAGAGAAGAGGCGACGAGUGAAACUUAUAUUAAACCUUAGAAUUACCUGAGGUCUUUCAGAAAUUUCUCCCGAGAUUGCGCUUAUAAAUUUUCUGCCAAAUUUCGGUACUUUCUAAUAAGAAGCCUUCGUAAACAUUAUAUCGUAAAAAUUAUGCUGACGAUAUUGCAGUCUUCUCGCAGUCUUCUGUUCAUUUUAUAAGAACGUUUAAACAUAUAUAUACGUAUAUGUAUAAAUAUAAUAUGUAUAUGUGUUUUAGACAUGUAUAUAUGUAUAUGAUAUAUGUACAUUUCGAAACAAUGAAAUGAGGUUUUCAGGAUAUGAAUUUAUUUAAUACUAAUACAUUUUUUAUUACUAAUUUGAUAUUGAUUUCCGUUGUUUUUAUCACAUUACCAUUACACUUAUUAUUAGAUUCUGCUCUCGUAAAAUUGCAAUUUUGAUUCUCACUUCUUUUUUUCAAGUUCAUCAAAAUGCACUCGCAAGCUCCUUGUUCUUCGUAGAUUUCAACGAGUACUCUCGUAAAAGUGUUUGCCUAAACAAGUCGCUUAAAUAAGUCCUCUUUCUAACGUCGAAAUACAGGGGUAACGAGACUUUUGAGAGUCCUCGACAUUAAAAGGCGUAUCUCGUAUGCGACGUGAGCCAAAGUGAAUGAACAGCAGGCACAUUGCGACAGAAUAUUUACCGUAUAUCAAAGAGUUAGAAAUCCGGUAAUAGAAUUGGCGGAAAUUUGCCAGGUUCACUAUUUGCCCUUUCGAUCUCUUGAUUUCUAUUGGUUUACUGAUUGCCUUCGCGUUGUGAGAAUUUUAACUAUCGACCCGCCCUGAAAUACGCGAAACUUACAGGUAAAGUCUCAAACGAAGCCAAUAGAAAGAAGAUUUCUUUCCUUCACUUCCGAGAAAAUUAAAUCAGACUCGCAGAAGUAAUUUCUUUAGGGCUUUUAUUUCAGCAUGUAUCUUAACAAAAGGACGAAAACAAAUGGUAAAAACAUAAAAGAACGUUUUCCCCCCUUUUUUUUACAUAAUUUUUUAUAGUCUUUAUUGUACCGUAAUUUCUGUAAAGAAGAGAGAAUGGUAUAAAUUCACAUUUUGUACGGAUAAGAAUUAUUUGAAAUUAAUGGCGGAAAUUAGCAGUGAAAACAGUGCAAAAGGGUUUAAUUGCACUCGAAACACCAAAAACGUGUUAAAUAUCUCCCGCUUGGCAUUACUGCUUUCCUCUCUCUAGCAAAGCCGUUAGUUUUUAAUUGUCAGAACAAGCGCACGAUGCAUUGUGGAACACCGAACCGAACUAACUCGACCCUCAUCCUCGCGCGGACGCGCGUAUCCUCAUUCGAAAGAUAAAUAACGCGAAAAUCGCAUUUGGCUGCCGUCCAAAAUACGAAACACCCCGUCGCUCGAGCGACGAGGGGUGCGUAUUAAAUUCACGGCUCUCAAAUUUCUGCGGCCACUCCGAAUCAUUUAAAUCCCUUUUCAGCUAGUUAAAAUACCACGCGUAUUCCGAGGCGCCGCGACACAAUUAUUUUGCGCGAACACGGCGGGUGAUGUGCGGAAAUUUCAGUUUCAUUUUCAAUUGCCAAGGCGUAUACGUGUGUUACGCAUGCGUCUAAUUUUCUACACGGCAGAACGGCGAAUCGGCUUAACUAUUUCGACACGAUACACGAAUUAUUUCGAUUUGAAUUUGCUGUGUGGGAAGACGUGGGAUUAAAUCUUUGUAGUAUACAUGAAUCUCGGAUUUUUUCAGUUGUUAGAUGACAAGAAACGGAAGAAAAUAAAUUGCUUAACACUUAAUAAAUAAGCAGAGAUAUAUUCUUUUCUAUUCUUUAUGUAUAAAACUCGAGUUUUUCAAGGUAUUAUUAAUUUUAUACAACAUAUAAUUAAUGGAUCUUUUGCUGCUUUCCAUUUACAUCAAAACUCGGAUAAUUCUAACUUGUGAUGUCAUAACUCAGUUAAAUGCAUGGUCCUUUUGCAUUCUCACAAGUGAGAUUCAACUGAGUUUUUUCCUACGAUCUGAGCAAUUUCAAGACCGUAUGCUUUACUGAGUCUUGCAUACUCACUUUGGAAGUGAGGUUAUAUAUUGAGAUAAUUUUGUCAUUAAAAUAAGCGAUCACUUGCAUGUUUCUUUAAAUCACUGAAUAAUGACGUCACUACGUGAGUAUAAAAUACAUUACUGAGUGAUUCAGUCUCACUUUCAGAUAAAUGGAAAGCAGCAUUUGUCUUACAAAUUUUUAUGACAUUUUUCAGAUAAAUUUAAAAAAUACGAAUUUUACAUAUUUAUAUAUCUUGAUAUCUUACUUAUCUCGCUCUUCUUUUCUAUCAUUUAUAUAUUAAUCUUACUGAGAAUAUACUGGCAAGUACUGUCUAAGUAGUUUCGAGCGUUAAAACCUUUGAAAAGUAUCUCAAUGUAUUCAAAUUAUUUUAAAGAAGAAAUUACAUCUUGUUAGUUCGUAAAAGGAUACAACAUUAUGACUGAUACAUAGUGGAAUUACGUGAAAUUUUCUCUUUUCAGUGAAAAUAGCCAUGAAAUUGAGGUUUAUAUUUUGUAUUUCCUUGUAAGAGGCAAAAAGAUCCAGCUACUUCCAUAGUCAGAUAAUUGAAUGACUUUCUUUUAAUAAGCAAUCAUUAUUUUAAUGUGUUUAACAUAAUUAUGGACGUAAUUUUCUUUCGCAGUCGAUGUUUAUGCAACUACAUGGAUCUUUAUUAUUUAUCAGUAUUAAUUUGAUUCAGUUGUGCGUAAAGAUCGUCUGAUUUCGCGGUUAUCAGCAGUUACUAGAUAAAGAGUGGAGGAGAUAGAAUGUAAUCAAUCGCGACCUGAAGCUUGUGCAGAUCAAUUUUAUGUACAUAUCGCUUUACACAGUUUAUAGAACAAAUUAUUUUUAUUCAAUUCUAGUGUGCUUAUCUUAGUUGUAUUGCUGAUCAACACAACGUUUUUACUAGUCGCAUCAUUCUUAUUCUAUCAACCAAACGUGAUUAUAAUGUAUAUUUUAAAACGAAUUUCUUGAUUUUAGAGAAAUUGGUUUGAAAGACGAAGAGAUAGCGGAUAAUUUUGUCAUGGUAUAGAUAAAGGUGUAUUAUAAGUAGUGAGAUAAAUGUGUAUUACAAAUAGUGAGCAGUGAACGGUUUAUUUUUAUUAAUGUGUUUUGGAGUUUUUUUUUAUAAUCGAGAUUGUUCAUUACUGCGAUCCACAAUGAAAAUUAAUGACUGCAGUGUAUCAGAUACCAAAAUCAAAUUGUAUCUCAGGCAACUGCUGACAACUUUGGGACUAUUGAUAGGAAUCUCCGUGUCAGGUAUGUCAAAUGGUUACAGCGCGAUUCUUCUCCCGCAGCUGAAGGCAAUUUCGAUCAAUGGCAGUGAAUCUGUGGACGAGGAUUAUUUCGGUACGCUCAGCAUUGACCAAGAGUCGUGGAUCGCAGCAGGUUCGGUUCUGCCAAUAGCUCCCGGAUGUUGGACCGGUGGAUUUAUAGUGGAAAAACUCGGCAGAAAGACUUCGCUUUUAGUACUGUUUCCUGUGUAUCUUGUCAGUUGGCUAAUUAUCGGCUUUGCCAACAGCGUGAAAGUUUUGAUAGCAGGCAGACUGCUCUGUGGCUACUGCGUCGGAGUCCUGGCGCCUAUAUAUCCGAUCUACGUGAGUGAAACGAGUGACCCUCUUCUACGUGGCGUUCUGCUGGGGGCGCUUACCUUCACUCUCUCGUUCGGUAUAUUGGCGUGUCACGCGAUGGGAACUUGGCUGCAUUGGCGAACCACCGCGUAUAUCUGCGGCGUGUUCCCCGUAAUCUCUUGGAUCGUCUGCAUCUACUCGCAAGAGAGUCCAUUGUGGCUGCUCGGUAAAGGCAAGAUCGAAGAGGCGAGGCGCUCCUGGAUAUUUCUCCGUGGCGAGGAGUCGCUCGAGGAGUUCUCCCUGCUGGAAAGCGCCAGGCUCGCGGAAAUGUCGGGAAAGAAAACCGGGAAACGAUCGUUACUGCUUUCGCUUAGGAAGACGUGGUCCUCGCGAUACUUUCUGAAACCUUUCAUCAUCGUUUGUCUGUACUUCUUUAUUAUGCAGUUCUCAGGUACUAACGUAAUGUCCUUCUACUGUGUCGAAAUGUUGGCGGAUGUUUCGGACCCUGCGUACGCGUAUCUGAUAACGCUGAUUAUCGACGCGAUUCGCAUUAUAUUCGCCAUUAUUGGGUGCGUUCUUCUGAAAACAUGCCGCGGGCGCACCUUGACGUUCGUAUCCGGCUUCGGCACAGCUAUCACCUUGCUGUCUUUCAGUGCGUGCUUGACAUUUGAUAUUGGAAGACCCUGGAUCCCUGUGAUCCUACUCGUCGCUUACGUCGGCCUGUUGUCAUUGGGACUGAUCACCUUACCUUGGAUGCUUUGCGGUGAGGUAUUUUCGAGAAAGCAUCGUGGGCUUGGUUCUGGAUUAACGUCCGGCUUCAAUUUUAUAUGUUUCUUCGUGGUGAUCAAAACGAUGCCGCUUAUGGUGGAAUUUAUAAAGUCUGAAGGUACAUUCGCCGUUUAUGGCUUCGUCACACUGAUUGGGACUAGUGUUUUAUAUUUUGUUCUUCCCGAAACAAAAAACAAAACUUUGCAAGAGAUUCAGAUGUAUUUUGGCCAAAAAUCUUAUACACCAAAAGCAGACAGUGUAGACGUAUCGCUUCACGAGUGCUUUUCUUCCGAGAAAAAUGAAGUAGAUGAGAAAAUGAUGAAUGAUGAUCGCUUGAUGAAUGAUGAUCGUGUAAUGACUAGAGAUUACUAAAUAUAAUAGGUGUGAGUAUAUGAGUAUAUGGAUAUAUCGUAAUAGGUUAUGUAUUUAUGUACGACAUGAAUGGAAUUCGUAGAUUUUAUUUUAGUAUAGAAUUACCAUUCCUUUCCACAUCCUUAAAAGAGAGGCGUGCAUAGGUAUGUCCGUGUCGCAUAUUACGUUUUCUCUUUCGGCUGCUUUUGAAAAAUUUACGUAAUUUGUAACUCGAGACCUGAGAUUACUAGACUUCAGGGGUUGCGGCAAUAAUGCAUUUGACGGUAAUGUGACUGCACUACCGCAAGCAAUUUCGCAUUGCCGUAAGUGACGACGCGACGCAUUCUUCGAGCGGAUAUAUUUUGGCCGUACCGUAAAAUUAACCGAUGCGUCGAAAUAAUGACUCUGCGGCCGUCGGGACGAGAGCGGCGAGAGCAAUAGAAAUUUAACUGCGAGCCUUGCCAGUAUGACAGACCGUAAAAUUGCGUUCUCACGUGAUUAUUGCUCGGACCACUUACCGCAGCUGAUGGAAAUUACGGUCCAUCCCGGCGGUUCGCGUGACGUUUUGCGGGCCGCGCAAUGACUUAGGCGCGUACGCAAGUGAAAUAUGAUGGCGGUGCUGUCGGGGUUAUUAAAAUGCGAAGAAUCCUGAUUCAUUGCCUUUCGUCGAGAUUUCAAGGCGAUGAAGAUAAAGAUUGUUUCCGGCUUCCGGUUUGAUGGACGCAUCUGCUAUCGCAUAUAUAAUAAGCGCGGAUAUUAAAGUUUCUCAGUAGCGAGUGACGCAUGUUUUCGCUUCUGACUCGCAUUAUUCUUUGCGUCGUACAAAUCGUCAUAAAUCACAUGAUAAUCGAAUUCGGCAAUGAUGAAUUUAAUCUUUUUGUAUUGGACUGCCUUUUACUUAUCGUUCGUUACUUCACAGUAAUUUAUAGGUAGAUCUUUCAGAUACCAUUCUCUUCCUGUUGAUACGAUUUAAAUCUCAAAGCAUCAAAGGCAAGCGCAAUAAAGAAUCACGCUAAACUCUACGGUGGUUUUUCUUUUUUUAAUUUUAUCCCCAAUCCUAACUCAUUACCCUCUUUUUUUCAAUCACGCUCUUACCCGACUCGCCUCGCGUUGAUUAUUGUAAGCACGCAAAGCGGUCGUUACGUUAUCCUUGCUUCUCUUUACUACAGCCAUUUUCGAUCAGUACUCUUCUUCGCGAAACACAAUUCGCGGUCAAAAAAUAUUAGCCGAAAAUCUUGCGGUGACAAAAUGUCACUUAUAUUGUAACCGCAUAUGCUCUUUCUCUUUAUUUUCUUUAUUACAGUUUUAUGUAUUAAUGAAAAAAUUUUGAAUAAUAUGCAUUUGUGUACAAUUAGCUUAGCUUGGUUGACAGACGAAUGGGAAACGAACACAUUUUCUACCAUGAACAAGAAAUCCGACGUUUUGAAAGAUUUUACGGAUCGACAAUGACUGGGAAUGAAAAGUCGACGGUAUCAAACGUGAUUUAUAACGAUAAGGACAAUCUCGGCCCAAUUUCCCACGCGCGACGUGCCCGAACUGCAUAUAAUCUUCAUGAAUGCGUAAUGACCCGUCGUGCGUCCUCUCCCGUGGCCCAUUCAGGAAGGUCUCGUGUAAUGGAGGGGAAUAAAAACUAGGUGGUCUCUACGCGAUAGCACCGCGCCAAUGGCGCUUUUUGCGUCGACGAUGAACCACUUCAGACUUCUCUUCGAUCUACCGCCCUGAGAAGCUUAACGGCGGAAAAUGCAGCCAAGCGAGAAGCGUUUAGCACUCGCGAGACAUUCAUACUGAUUCAGUUCGUGCGAGCCUUGAUGGUACAUCAUAUUAUAAAUAUAUUACCGCAAUGUAAAAAAGACACUGGCUAUUGCAGUUGUGUUACGUGAAUUCUUAGCAUCUUUGUGUCUUCGACAGGAAUAUGAUGAAAAAAAAACUCAUUUGAUAAAAACAUAUUGUGUGAAACCAAUAGAAUUCGUUUCGAAAAGUGAAAGUGUUGACUCAGAGAGAAAAAAAUAAAAUAUCGCGGAUUAGAGAAAUGUUCAUCUAUUUGCCAUCGUUUUCGAUAUAUCAAACAUCAAAUAUUGGGUUUGCAAAUAUAAGUCAAAAUACAUGUUAACUUUGGCAACGAAAAAGUGAUUUUAUUAUUUAUUCACGUAGCGGCAAAAAGUAUUUUAAAAAAAAUUGAGCGAUUAUUUGCAGUUUCAGAUAUUCCGUGCAAUACUAAUUUUGAGGAUAACACAAAGAUCGUGUGCAGUUCGGCGCGGUUGUAAAAAUGAGGAUGAUCGGUAGCAAGACUGUCAGUAAAAUAAAAUCGUAACUUGACGCGGAAUCGCGUGCGUCGCGUGAGUUUUACUUCAUAAACAUUCCUCGCGGUCAUCAUCGCCCGCCGUUUUGUGUUUGCGGCUCAGAAAUGACAUCUUCGACGUUACGCGUCCACCGCUAUGCAAAGCGAUUAGACACGAAUUACAUUUCUGCCUCCGCGAUUCCUGAUGGUAUAUAGAAUGUAGAUUGCCAGUUUCGAAAAAUUUAGGCGGCUUCUGUCUCGCCCGACGCAAUAAAGCGCAACUCCAUUUGCAUUAAAUUUUUCAAACGCCACUGCAAGCGGUACUUUUUAUCGCGACAUCGCGCGGUGCACAGUCGUGUCGCUUAAAGCGUAACCGCUGUUUAUGCGUAUUUUUUUUUUCCAAGGGAUGCACGCUUUGUCCAGCUUAAUAAAUCGUAUUUGCGGCCAUUUGUAGCGCAAUCCCUGUAAUCGCGGGCUUCUUUUUGACAUAUGUUUCGCGCGGGGCUAAUAAAUUGAGAUUACAUGUGCCGCCCACAGCACUAUCUUUCGUAUUUUAUAUGAUUUUACAUGAUUUAAUCGCGAAAUUCAUCGUCGUACAAUCUAUCAAUGUACGAAACGUAUAUAAUUAAUUCUCUACAAAAUUAUUUAGGGUUGACGAAAUGUUUAGAAGCUCGAGGAGAAGCAUUUCAGUCGCGCGUCGACAGUUUGUCACUUUCGGUGAGUAACACAAACUCUCCGAUGUCAUUAGAAAAUUUAUACGAGCUGGAGGACAGAACGUUGAUUAAAUCCGGGCAUCCAGCAGGGCUUCGCGAUUCUCUGACAAAAUUGAAGGAGUGAUCUCCAGCCGCUGCGAGUAAUCGCGAAACGAGGUGGUCUCUGUGAGAGUAAAAGAAAGUAGAACUUUAUCAAGUCCUAGGAAUCCACUGACAGCGGCGGGAAAAGAAAGUAAUGGAAGGGUACCGGUUCGCACUUUGGAGCUAAGGAACGGGAGAUAAAGGUUGACCGGUUUAUCUUCGAAACAGGAAGGACAUUAUCCUGCAUCGAGAGAGAGAGAGAGAGAGUUUUUGUUUUAAAUUAAAUUAAAUCUUUAUCGUCUACCGUCUUCUGUUAUUCUGUGCGACGUUUCUUAACACUCCAUAGCUUUUGCGAUUAUUUCCAAUUGCAAUUAGAAGGACUUUUAAAAUAAUUUCUUUUACUGUUUUUCUACGGUUGUUAUGCUAUGGCAUGUUCUAUUUCCAAUUUGAUUGAGUUUAAAAAAAAACGAUAAAUUCAAUAUUCUGACUCUAUGCAAUCGCCUCAGGAAUAAAAAACAAACAUAUUUUUAAAUAUUUUUAACGAAAAAAAUACAAAUAUUACAUUGAAAUGGAGAUUAAAAGCAUAAGUGAAAUAAAAGAAAUAACAGAUCUUUUACUAAAACAAGAAAACCAAACUCAACGAUUUAUCCCGACAUUGCUCAACGACGAGAUUAACUCUACUUUCGACCGCUAACGAAAAUGUCGUUCCUCGCAUCAGUUCUGCUUAAGAGCCUGGCAGGGUGAUAAAAAGGAACUGGAUUUUCCGAGACCUCUUUUCCUCCUUGCUCUUUUCUCCGCUCUCUUGCGGCGCCUGCGGUGGCAAUAAUUUGCAAUUUUUGUGAAACGUAUACGAAGCCGGAGGUAAUGUCGGAAUCGACUUUAGGAACAACACUCUGAAAGUUUCGUGGACCGUGAUGAUGCUGUUUGCUAUAAAGUCACAAGUUAACCGGCAGGUAAUAAAGUUGCUGGUGUUCUAAAUAUGACGGUGAAGUGCAACUUUGUUGUAUUGUUUUCUUUUAAUGACGUUAUGAACUUUUCUACGAUGUAUUUAUAACAAUCGUUAGUUUAAUGAAGAUGUACUGAAGAUAUUGCAAUUACAUAUCGAUAAUUUUUUUCUUUGGAAAUGUAUAUAUUUCUAUAUUUUGCAGAAUAUUUGUAAUUCAAUUGUAAGAACAAACAAAUAAUGGUUAAUAAUGAUUAAUAAUGUUUAUAAUGGUUAUAUGGUUAAUAAUGAUUAGGUAAAAGAAUAGAGUUACGAAAAAGUUACGAAAAUAUUUGA